UUGACCUGGCAAGCGAAAAAUUAACACGCGGGACCUGGGUCAUUUUUCAUAAAAUGUUUCAAAUUAAAACAAUAUAAAUUUUGGACAUUUUUCAUUUUGUAGCAAAGUAAUCACAUAUUUAAAUUUGCUUUAAAGUGUCUGUGGUUCCUUUAAAUUGGUAACAUUAAUCUUAUUUUGUUAUAAAAGGAGAAAGCACUUAAUUGUUUGUUUGUUUAAGGUCUUCAAGAGAAUCAUAUGUUGAGACUGCUAUUGGAUAUGUUGAAACAAAGCGGACUGGGAAUCUUUGUGAUGUGAGAGCUAAAGUUGUUCCUGAACAAAGAAUAACAAGCAAAUACUAUGUUGUGAUGGUCCAUUUAGAAGAGGCAAAUGAAUCAAUUAUAGAUACUUCAUGUGACUGUGCAGCGGGGGCUGGUGGGUGUAAACAUACUGUUGUAGUAUUACAUUGGCUACAAAAACGAAGUGCUGAACCUUCACCAACCAGUAUCCAAUGUUACUGGACGAAACCCAGCCUCAAACGGGCUCUAGACAAACCAUUAAUGUGUAAAGAUUUGGCAAAAGGAGAAGUCGCCGAAAGGGGGCCAAAGGACCCUUUGGUACUGAAAAGACUACGACAAGAAGCAACCAAACAUGGUUGUGGUAAAAGCCUGCUCAUGGUAUAUGAUCCUGAAAGACCGAUGAAAAUGAACUCAAAAUAUUGUAUUUUUGACAUGAUGGUGGAUUUUUUAGAAAAGGAAAGUAGGCCAACUUUUAACAAAUUUAAAAUAUUUAGCAAUGCAAUAAUGCUAGAAAAUAAAGAAAAAAUCAUGAAAGACACUGUAGGCCAAGUGAACUCAAAGCAGUGGCAUUCAAUUCGACAAGGCCGAAUUACAGGAUCAAAAAUUUAUGAAAUUGCUCAUUGCAAAACACCCCAUGGCAGUCUUGUUGAAGAAAUACUAGGAGGGUGCAAAGCACCAGAAACAAAGUCCAUGAAAAGGGGUAAAAUCCUAGAAAAACGAGUACUGAAUAAAGUAAAGACUGAUAUAAAUAAAGAAAUAGAAGAAUGUGGAUUUUUGAUUAUAGAUGGAAUUUUUGGAGCAUCACCUGAUGGCAUUGGCGAUGACUUUGUGGUCGAAAUUAAGUGUCCCAUUUCGGAGAAAACUAAAAAAAAUUAUAUAAAGAAUGGGCAAAUUGCGAAUAAGUUUAUGGGCCAAGUGCAAUUAGAGAUGCUAGCGGCUGGCAAAAAUAAGUGUUUGUUGUGUGUGGCGGACCCGAAAUUUGAAAGCAACAGCUUAAUUGAGACAAUUGUUGUUAAUUUUGAUAAAAAUUAUAUAGAUAAUUUGAUGAGAGACGCAGAGAAAUUUUGGGAUGAGAAUGUGUAUCCUGUAAUUUUAAAAAGUGCAUCUACAGCAUGA